AUGAAGGUCUUCGUGGCUGCCCUCUUUCUUCUCCUCAGCCUCAGCACUGCUUCUGCUUCUGCUUCCCGCAGCCAGGCAAAAAGUCCUAUGUCGGUGAACAUUUCACCCAGCUGCUGCCUGAAGUAUGAAGAGAAAGUAUUACCAAGGAAACUGGUGGUGGGAUACAGAAAGGCCUUCAACUGUAACCUGCCAGCAAUCAUCCUCGUCACCAAAAAGAAACGAGAGAUCUGCACCAAUCCCAACAACAAAUGGGUCCAAGAUUACAUCAAGGAUCCCAACCUGCCUUUGCUACCCCCCAGGAAGUUGCCCCAGGUUAAAUCUAUCUAAUCAAAGAAAGGCCUAGCCCAGCUCCUCAACUCCUCAUGAUAGUCAAGCUUUGGUGGGAGCCCAGGUUCAGGAAAGAAAGGUGUGAUCCUAUGAAAAACGAGGGCAGCCUUACGGUCUGAAUGACAGUCACAUUCAGAGAAAUGAGCCAGUGAUCCAAAAAAUAAAAGUAUUUUGAAUAUUUUCUCAAUCUCUGAGGAAAUGCCAGAGUUAAGGGAGGUGAGCAGGCAUACAUUCUUAAUACACAGAAAAACGCCUUCCACAUCUUUCCCCUUGCUCACAAUCUCUCACCUAACACCAAUACAACAACCAUUCUAAUAAUUGCAUCCCGCUCCCAACCAGCCUGACCAUCUCUGGCCUCUGACUCAUUAAGAGCUCCACAGAAUUCUUGACUUUUCUUGUCCAUCCUUAUCCUAUUUCUAGAUCUCUUCCCCUCCUACCCUGCCCUCUAUUUUUUUUUUCUUUUAAAACAUAAUUUUUGGGAACAUUUGAAAUCUUGUGUCCCUGCAUAUGUCAUCAGUUUGGCUUUGGCUUAAAUAAACUUUUACAAAAAUUCUCAGGAAAAAAAAGGAAUAACUUUUUCUUAGCAGGCCAGGGUGAAACUAUCACAUGCUAAUGAUCUUUGUCUUUUUUUUUUUUAAGUGUCA